UCCUCUUAUUAAAAUUAACUCCAGUUUCAUUGUAUGUGUUCGCAGUGAUAGAUGAUAAUGUUUGAUUACUGUAAUAAUAACUAAUAUAGAAAAAAAAAAUAUUAUAACUAGAAAACAGUAAAAAUUUUAAUCAAAAUCUGAGUGUGAAGUUAUUUCUUUAAGUGUGUUUUUUUGUAAAUAAGAUCAAAAUGGUGCAACAAUAUCAAUCACCAUUAAGAGUGUAUAAAUAUCCUUUUGAGCUUGUGAUGGCCGCAUAUGAACGUAGAUUUCCAACAUGUCCACAUGUUCCUGACCUUUUAGAUAGCACGAUCACAGAGGAUGAGGAAUCUGAAGAUAAAUCAUUUCACACUGUUGUACGAAGAUGUAAGAUAAAUGUUGAAGCUCCCUAUUUAGUAAAAAAGAUUGUUGGUGUUGAUUGUGUAUAUUUUAUACAAAAAAAUAUGUUAAAUCGUCGUGAACGGGUUCUUGAAAUUGACGCAUACAACGAAUCAUUUGCAACUAGAGUUAUCAUUAAUGAAAAAUGUCGUUAUUUCGUUCAUCCAGAAAAUGCCGAUUGGACAUGUUUUGAACAAAAUGCUUCUCUUGAUAUAAAAAAUUUCUUUGGUUUUGAGAAUACAGUCGAAAAAAUUGGCAUGAAACAAUAUUCACAAACAGUUGCAAAAGGAAAAGAAAUAAUUGAAUUUUAUAUUAAACAAUUAGCUGAUGAAGGUAUUACACACAUACCAAUAUGGGUACCACCGGAUAGUCCUGGAAAUGGUGAAGUUGAAAAUGGUUUAACAUCAAGUGAAAAUUCGAAUGAUUUACAAUUAGGUGCUUCGGCAUCGAAUCUAAUUUCACCACAAAAUGGAGCUACUAAUAAUAAACAUUCUGGAGGUAAAAGUGUCCAAUUUCAAUUGGAAGCUGAUUAUAUACAACGUUAUUUAGGCGAAUUAACUGUAUUACAAGAAUCACGUUUAGUACAAUUACGUACAUGGGUCGCUGAAUUAUUAAAGGGAAAAGUGCCAAAUGAUACAACUUUAUUACGUUUUUUACGUGCACGUGAUUUUAAUGUUGAAAAAGCACGUGAAAUGUUAUCACAUUCGCUUGUAUGGCGUAAAAAAUAUCAAGUUGAUAAAAUUUUAUCAGAAUAUGAAUUACCAAAAGUUGUUGUUGAUUAUUUUCCUGGUGGUUGGCAUCAUCAAGAUAAAGUGGGUCGACCUUUGUACAUAUUACGUUUGGGACAAAUGGAUGUGAAAGGUUUAUUAAAAUCUAUUGGAGAAGAAGGUCUUCUAAAAUUGACGCUACAUGUUUGUGAAGAGGGUUUACGACAAAUGGAUGAAGCCACCAGGGUAUUAGGUAAACCAAUAUCAACGUGGACAUUAUUAGUAGACUUAGAAGGAUUAAAUAUGCGUCAUUUAUGGCGACCAGGCAUUAAAGCUUUAUUACGCAUCAUUGAAAUUGUAGAAGCUAAUUAUCCCGAAACAAUGGGUCGUGUAUUAAUUAUACGAGCUCCACGAGUAUUUCCAAUUUUAUGGACUUUAGUUAGCACAUUUAUUGAUGAAAAUACAAGAACCAAAUUUUUAUUCUACGGAGGUAACGACUACUUACAACCAAAUGGCGGUCUAAUUGAUUAUAUUCCAGAAUCAGUUGUUCCAGACUUUUUAGGAGGGCCAUGCAAGACUAAAGUUCACGAAGGUGGAUUAAUACCAAAAUCAUUAUAUUUGCCGGAUCCAACGUGGAUGGAUAAAGAGGGUGGUUUAUCACAAGAUUCAUUAUAUCAUUCAGCAACACUUGGUAAAGGUCAAGUACAUGAAGUAUUAGUCGAUAAUGAAGAUCCUGGUAGUGUACUAACAUGGGAUUUCGAUGUUGUUCGACAAGAUGUUGCAUUCACAGUAUAUAGAACUAGUGUGCCAAUCCAAGAGAUUGCUAACCAUAAUCAUACAAAUUCAUUACAAAAAUCUCACAGUUUUUCCGAAUCGGAACAACAUCAUCGUUCAGUAAUCGAAAAAACAUGGAAAGAAAAUCAAGAUUAUUACAAAGUUGAACCAACACUUGUUUGUCAUGAUGGUGAAAGUACUCAGGGAUCUCAUGUAAUGGCAUAUUGUGGUACAUAUAUUCUCCAAUGGAAAUUUUAUUGUGGUCAUCAGCACGAUUUGAUAGAUACAUUCACAUCACAUAAAGCACAAAUAAUGUAUUUUUAUGAAAAAUUAAGGUCUGCUGAUUAUAGGUCAGUAGGUUCAAUGACAAGUUUACAAUCUGGCCAUAGUGGAUUCUCUGCUUUGAGUACAAGAUCAUUAGCCAGUUCAUGCCCAUCCAGAUGAUCCAAGCUACAAGAUCUUGAUGAAUUAACAGCUGCGACAACAAGCUGACAAUUACCCAACGAACCAAAUGAAGAUUUGGUUCAAACCAACAACGAAUAAACACAAACAUAUAUAUAUAAAUAUAUUAUAUUAGACGAGUGAAAGAGAUAUUUAUAUAUCUAGAUAU